GAUGAAUUUACCAAAAAUAUCAUUUUUUGAUGAUCCAAAAUCCUAAUUGUGGAUCAAAGAAGUUAUUUAGAUGUCAGAUCCAAUAAUAAGUGGGACUCUAUUAAAAAAUUCAAAAAAAGGAGUUUAGAAAGAGAUCAACUAUUUUAUAUAAGAUGGAAAACUAGCAAAUAAUAAAAAAUAUAUAGAUCUUUAAAAUGUGACAUUGGAUAAACUGAAACAUUAUGGUUUUAAGUUGACUAAGAAUCGAAAAACAAUAGAGUUGUUUGCCCAUAAUGAAUAAGCACAAAUAGUAUGGUAUGAUUAUCUGAAAUCGUUUUGCAUUUAAAGAGGGUUUAACAAUGUUUACUCCAUAAACAAAUUAAUUGGGAAGGGUAAUUUUGCAAAGGUAAAAGUUAUAUGAUAAGUAAAAAGGUUUAUAGUGCAUAAAAAAAGAGCGAUCAAUCGUUGUAUGCUGUAAAGGCAUUUGACAAACUGAAAUUUCAAGACAUUCGAAUUGAUAAGGUAGAAAUGAAGAUUUACAUAUUAUAAGCCUGCAUUAAUAAAGGAGUUAUCCAUUAUGAGAAAGAUGGAUUUCAGAGGAGUGAUCAAAUUGUAUGAGGUUUAUGAAAAUGACAAUUACAUUUUUUUGGUCUGUGAAUUAUUAGAAGGAGGAGAACUAUUCAAUUAGAUGAAGGGUAAAGCCUAUGAUGAAAAGACUGUUGCUAACAUCAUUUAUAGAAUCUUACAAUCUAUUGAUUAUAUACAUUCGAUGGGAGUAUUACAUAGAGACAUCAAAGUAAAUGAUCAUUUCCAAAUAGCCUGAAAACCUUAUAUUAAGAACAAAAGGAGAUAUGACAGAUGUUGUUAUUGCUGAUUUUGGUUUAGCUGACUUUUAUAAUCCAACAGGUGAUUACAUGUUUAAACGAUGUGGCACACCAGGAUAUGUUGCACCUGAAUUAUUGCAAGAUAAAAUCUAUGAUUAUAAGGUUGACAUCUUUAGUGCAGGUGUGCUCAUGUUUAUAAUGUUAACUGGUGCAUCACCAUUUAAGGCUAAGUCUUAUGAUGAGAUAGUGAUGAAAAACUACCAUUGUCAAAUCGAAUAUAGUUUAAUAAACAAUCAUCCUCUAAGUGAAGAAGCUAUUCAUUUAUUAAAAUCCUUACUUGAAAAGAAUCCAGAUUUAAGAAUCAGCACAGAAUUAGCACUUUAACAUCAAUGGUUUUAGAAACAAGCAGAUUAUUAAUUACAUCUGUACUAAUUUGUUAUCUUAUAGAAUAUUCAGUGAAGAAAACCUACCACGACAUAAAAGAAAUUCAGAUCUAUAUGCUAGAACACCAUUGAUGGGCUAAGAACUUAAUUAAUCAUUAACAUCAACUCCUUUAAGUGUUACUCCAUAGAUGAGAAGCAAAUCAAAUACAGCUGACAUUAAUAGAGAAGAAUAAAAUGGAAAUACUUUCAGAUAAUAGAGUCAAUCCGUUAAGGUUUAAAAGUAAGAAUGCAUUUUGGAAGAGAAUGAUUACAAUGUUAAUGAAGAUGAUGACAUUCCUCGUAGUAAUCAGAUCAAAAUGUAUUAGAUCCAACCUAAAUUAAAAAAGAGUAAUGGUUUAACAUCAAUUAAUAGAUUAAGAGGAAUAAUAGAAAUACAAUGUAGAUAAUGCUAAUAGCAUUCGUGGAUCACUUAAAUAAGCUUUUUGA